AUGUCUAGCCACAUGAAGCGAAGCCCUACCCCCUCUCCCUUUGCGGGGACAUCAAUUCUGCGCGACGCGGGCAUAACUAUGUGCUACGGCUCUGAUCUUCUGGCAGACCUCUACACGUUACAGAACCGUGAAUUUAGUAUCCAAUCGGCUGUGCUCAGUCCGCUCGAGAUUCUUCAGUCGGCGGCUAUUAACGCUGCUAAAUUGGUGGACAUCACAGUCUUGGAUCGUGUACAGAAGUCCUUAGUGGCGAUUGCCAAAGACGGGCGGAUUGUUACUAGAAGGGGUACCUGA